CUCAACUCCAUCGAGGAGGACGUCGACAUGGUCAAGGCGGAGCCCCGCUGCGGCUCGGAGGAGCCGUGGCGGUCAUCCCCCUCGCCCGCCGCGUCGUCAUCGUCGUCGUCGUCAUCGUCGUCCGCCGCCAGCACCCCGUCGUCGGCGUCCUUCACGCCCGCCAUGUCGCCCGCCGGCCCCUCGCGGGCUGCGGGCUCCGACGUGGGCGACUCGGACGCGAUCGACAUCAAGAUGGAGAUGGUAGAAGAGAAGGCCGGCAUCGUGUCCAACUCCGUAUCGCCCGCCCCUCCCCGUUUCCAUCCUGCAAACUACCACCAGUCCCUCUCCCUCUCGCAGUAUCCCAUGUCCACCUGGCAGGCACCGCCCCCCGUCUUGGGCUGGGCGGCCUGGAUGGCGCCGCCGUCGGGGCUCUACCCGCUGCACCGGCUGAACACGUACCCGCACGGCCCAAUGUCCAUGUCUGACACGGACAUGGCAUACGCGCUCGCCUUGCCUCGGCCCAAAAGCCUCUACCUGCCGCACGAGUGCGCCGGGCUUGCUGGAGGGCCAAGUCUGAUGGCUUUCCACUGCCACAUGCUGCAGUUCAGGCUACCAAAGCUCCGCCUGCACGGAAAGAGCAUCCGCGACCUUGGAUUCGAAUACCUCGACGCAAAGCGCAGGUGGAACAUGUACCCCAACGACGACAUCCUCGGGAUCGCGACGGAGCGGCUGGCGUGGAGGGCCAUGGUCGCCAUCAUGUCCUUCCGGGAGGAGGAUCACGUGGCCAACUUUGUCAGCGAGGUGCACGAGGCCAUCGCGGGGUGCCGGCCCGACCUCCCCACGCGCCACCUGGAGGCGGGCCUGCACGGCACGCUGUCCAUGAUCCGCCUCAUGCGCCAGUGGUGCCGGGAGCCCGCCGCGGUCCGCAUGGCCGAGGAGCUGGCCGUCGAGCUCGUCUGGCGGCUCAACUUUGACUACGUCGGCUACGUCGAGGACGGCACCCUCUGCGGCGCCGACGGCGGCAUGCGCGCCAUCUUCACCGACUACUGCAGCAUCGAGGACGACCUCGGCCUCCUGGCCGAGAUCACCUCGUUCUUCCCCGAGGGCGCCAGGGAGUGCCGCGGCGUUCGCAUGGUAACGUUUGAAGAAGAUGGACUCCCGGACGGCAUUACCUACGAGACAAAAAUCGCCAUCCUCAUCAACGAGACCAUCACCCUGCUCGAGGAGCGCACCGACUGCGUCAACUGGCCCCGCGAGGUGGCCGAGCACUGCGCCCGCUACGUCCUGAGGAGGGGCCCUUGGUACGCCUACAGCUGCCUGUGGCACCUGGACCGCUGGCUGUGGGGCUCCUCCCGCGCGAGCGAGCGCCUCAAGGACAGGGUCUCGGCCGCGCUCCGCCUCGUCAGCCAGCACUCGCACGACCGGAGGUUCCCGCCCGUCCCGGCCCCCGAGAAGGCGCCCGUCACGAAAUGCGGAGAUUGUGGCUGCCACCCGAAUCCGCCGCCUGCCUUUGAGGAGUCUUCUCAGUGACUCUCUCCUCUUGCCGCGUUUUCCCUCCGCUCCGCCACCAACCCACCCUUUCCGAUCUGGUUUCUCCUGCCGAAGACGUCACCCUCUGUAUUUCGUGUAUUUCUCACCUUCAUAUGCGGACACAUGCCUCGUUGACGUUGUUGUUGCACACACAGAAAACCAAAACAACAAAAAAACAACAAAAAGGUUGAAACAUCCAGCCACCGCGACGCCUCUCACAUCAUACUGUCCGGCUUCCUCAUUUAUUUGCUUUUGCUUUUAUAAAUGGUGUCGUUUCCUUGCUUCACGGUGUCAUUAUUCAUAUUUCUCUUGGCCUCCCGGCGUCACUCGUCUAUUUGUUGGGGAUACUUUGGUGCAAGUCGUUUCUUUUUCCGCCUUCCGUGUUAUUUCAGUCGCUUCACGUGGAACACUUGUUUACAAAACAACCCAAAAAAAAAAAAAAA